GGAUAAGCGAAACAAAAUGAGCAAGCCCACCAAAGCUAACUACAGGAAGUUCUUCCUCCGGAACGUCGAAAUCCCUCUGGCCACCAGUAAAGCACAGGUUAUGAAAGCUUCCCAAACCGCCAACACCAAACAGAUUCCUACCGUUGGAGCAAAGCGCUCAUCGCUGAAUGACAAACCAUCCAGUAGCAGCGUAUCGGUAACGAAACCAUCCGGUUCUGCCGGCAACAAAUAUAAGGAACCGGAAUUACACAGCGCUCUCAAUGUCCGCAAAGAGAUCGAAAAGGUUAAAUCCUUGCACACGAAACCACCAACCAGCAUCGGGGAACUAACGCCGAAGAGUCACCAAGAAGCUCAACUUCCAACACGAUGAGAAUGUCUUUAAAGGAUUGGUUCCGGUGAAUGUGAACGAUUCGGUACUGAUCCCUACCACCAGGAAACCUUUGAGGAGUUCGUACGUUGCGAAGGAAAAGCGAGACCCGGAGCCGGAAUUGGGCGACUUCCUGCGGCCCAUUGCCAAGUGUAACGUGCCGUUGGAGCCGUACUUGGCACCCCAAAUGGCCCCAAGGCGUCCCAACUUCAACAAUUUUGACCACAUACUGGAAGUGUUCGCCAAAGUCGAUGUAGGAGCUUGAUGGGUUGGAUGUAGGUUACUUCUAGUUUAGGUUAUUGUUAAUGCUUAUUUAUAUGCGCUAUAAUAAUGAAUGUUCAAUGUGUUAUAAGUAAUUAUUUUGUAC